AUGGGGGAACAUGCACUCACAACACCAGCACCCACAACACCAGCACCCACAACCCCAGCACCCACAACACCAGCACCCACAACACCAACACUCACAACACACACUCACAACACCAGCACUCACAACACCAGCACCCACAACCCCAACACCCACAACCCCAACAUCCACAACACCAGCACCCACAACCCCAACAUCCACAACACCAGCACCCACAACACCACACCCACAACCCCAGCACCCACAACACCAGCACCCACAACACCAGCACUCACAACCCCAGCACCCACAACACCAGCACCCACAACACCAGCACUCACAACCCCAGCACCCACAACACCAGCACCCACAACACCAGCACCCACAACACCAGCACUCACAACACCAGCACCCACAACCCCAGCACCCACAACACCAACACCCACACACCCACAACCCCAGCACCAACAACACCAGCACCCACAACACCAACACUCACAACACAGCACUCACAACAUCAGCACAACAUCAGCACCCACAACACCAGCACCCACAACACCAGCACCCACAACCCCAGCACCCACAACACCAACACCCACAACCCCAACACCCACAACCCCAACACCCACAACACCAGCAUCCACAACACCAGCAUCCACAACCCCAGCACCCACAACACCAGCACUCACAACACCAGCACUCACAACCUCAGCACCCACAACACCAGCACCCACAACACCAGCACCCACAACACCAGCACUCACAACACCCACAACACCAGCACCCACAACCCCAGCACCCACAACCCCAGCACAACACCAGCACCCACAACACCAGCACCCACAACCCCAGCACCCACAACCCCAGCACCCACAACCCCAGCACAACACCAGCACCCACAACACCAGCACCCACAACCCCAGCACCCACAACCCCAGCACAACACCAGCACCCACAACACCAGCACCCACAACCCCAGCACCCACAACCCCGGCACCAACAACACCCACAACCCCAGCACCCACAACACCAGCACCCACAACCCCAGCACCCACAACACCAGCACUCACAACACCAACACCCACAACCCCGGCACCAACAACACCCACAACCCCAGCACCCACAACACCAGCACCCACAACACCAGCACCCACAACCCCAGCACUCACAACACCAGCACCCACACCACAAGCACCCACAACACCCACAACACCAACAUCUCAUCUAGAUCAAUACCCACGGCCCGCGUGUUUUCUUCUCGUGCGACCCUGA